AUGUUCAAAACAUUACAAAACACUGGUGGUGUUAUUUCCAUCUUCCACAACAAGAGAUUAACUCCAUCGAUUGAUUUAUUAAAGAUCUUAACUCAAGCUGAUGGUAAGUUCAACAUGGAUACUGAGAAAUUCAUUAUUGAUAGAAUGGAUAGUACUUUACCAACUUAUGAUCAAUAUGUUCAUAUCACUCAUAGAUGUUUAAAUGACACUUAUUCCAAGAAUGUUUUGAAAAACUGUUUCCCAUUCAUCUCAGGUAAAACCGCUGGUCCUGAAGGUAAAGAUAGAGUCACUGUCAAGGCACCAGCUGUAAUUGGAAGAUUGAGUUCUAACGGUUUGAAAAUGUUCAGUGAAGCCGAAUACCUUAUGAUUUAUCAAGCAUUCGAAGAAGCUUUAAAUUCCAAAGAAUUCGAAAGUUCCGAAGUUUUCAAAGCUCCAUUGAUUGUAGAUUGGGAACAGAACAUGAUUGCUAAUGAUGAGUUUGGUUUAGACAAUAUUUUAAAGAAAUAUAAGUAA